AUGAAUUAAGAGUUGUUUGAUUACCUCGCUAUUAGCAAGGCUCACUACAAGGCAUAUGAUCGCUAAUGUAACUGUUUACUAACAAUAAACUAACAUUUCCAGUUUAGGGGAGCUCAAGCAUCAGCUGGUGACAUUAUAGUGCAGCAUUUAACUAAUAAAAAUAGCGUAGGGAAAGUUUAAGUAUGUUUUUGGCUCUAAAACCUUAAUACACGAUAUUGUGAUGAUAGAUCUUCAUCCAACUAACUAGUUUACUGCCAGCAAGCUUUAACCAGUAGAGCUGUUACUUGUAACUGGGAUGACAUGUAUCUGAAAUUAGUGUGUGUAUUUGAGGUUCAGGUGCACAGUAAAUAUAUGUUCAUUGUCAAAUGUUGGCUUGGUUAUUAACCAGAUACAAGAUUCUUGAAUUUUUUAGUAAAUGGUUUUGUUGAAAGCAAAUGUGUCUCUGUUAGCAUUUAGCUAGCAUAUAGCUAGCCUCUGUCAGCGUUUAGGUGAGCUAACGUUAAAUGGCAGCCGAGCUAACAGCCAACAACAACAACGAGAUAAGAAUAGCUGUUACACUGUGAUUUGACUGCAGGUGCUGUUCAGAUUUGAUAACUGUGUCUGAGACUUGAUCGGGUCAAGAGAGAAAUCCACUGUUCCCUUCCCCGAGCUCCUGUUCCUCACCCUCUCUGAAACACAUCACUCACAAUGAAUGAAGUUAACGUAGUCAGAGAGGGCUGGCUCCACAAAAGAGGUGAAUAUAUCAAGACAUGGAGGCCCAGGUAUUUCAUCCUGAAGAGUGACGGUUCUUUCAUCGGCUACAAGGAGAAGCCUGAUUUAAAUGACCAGACUUCACCACCACUCAACAACUUCUCAGUGGCAGAAUGCCAGUUAAUGAAGACUGAAAGACCCCGGCCCAACACAUUUGUCAUUCGUUGCCUACAGUGGACCACUGUCAUUGAACGCACCUUUCACGUAGACAGCAAUGAGGAGAGAGAGGAGUGGAUGCGGGCGAUCCAAUCUGUGGCAAAUAGUCUUAAGAUGCGGGAACAGGAGGAGGAGGAACCGAUGGAUGUGUUCGGCUCACCCAGCGAGAGCAGCCUUGAGGAGAUGGAGGUGGCAAUGUCCAAGAGUGGCAGCAAAGUGACAAUGAGUGACUUUGAGUACCUCAAGCUGCUUGGCAAGGGGACGUUUGGGAAGGUGAUUCUAGUCAAAGAGAAGUCCACUGGAGUACAUUAUGCCAUGAAAAUACUGCGUAAAGAGGUCAUCAUAGCCAAGGAUGAGGUGGCCCACACAGUUACAGAGAGCAGAGUGUUACAAAACACAAAGCAUCCCUUCCUCACAACACUGAAAUAUGCCUUCCAAACCCACGAUCGGCUGUGUUUUGUAAUGGAAUACGCCAACGGAGGCGAGCUCUUCUUCCACCUGUCACGGGAACGAGUAUUCACAGAAGACCGGGCGCGCUUCUACGGCGCCGAGAUUGUGUCAGCGCUCGAGUACCUCCAUUCACGUGACGUUGUGUACCGUGAUCUGAAGCUGGAGAAUCUGAUGCUGGACAAAGAUGGCCAUAUUAAAAUCACUGAUUUUGGCCUUUGUAAGGAGGGCAUUACUCCUGAUGCUACGAUGAAAACCUUCUGUGGAACUCCUGAAUAUCUGGCACCUGAGGUCCUAGAAGAUAAUGACUAUGGUCGGGCGGUGGACUGGUGGGGUCUUGGCGUAGUCAUGUAUGAGAUGAUGUGCGGACGUCUGCCUUUCUACAACCAGGACCACGAGCGUUUGUUUGAGCUCAUCCUCAUGGAGGAGAUCCGCUUUCCCAGGAACCUGUCGCCUGAGGCCAAGUCCCUGCUGGCCGGCCUGCUCAAGAAGGACCCCAAACAAAGGUUAGGUGGCGGUCCCAAUGAUGCCAAAGAAGUAAUGAGUCACAAAUUUUUCAUCACCAUCAACUGGCAGGAUGUGGUACAGAAGAAGCUCACCCCACUCUUCAGACCACAAGUCACAUCAGAGACGGACACCCGGUACUUUGAUGAGGAGUUCACAGCGCAGACCAUCACGCUCACUCCUCCAGACAAGUGUAACAGUCUGGACUGUGAGGACCCCGGACAGCAAGCACAUUUCCCCCAGUUCUCCUAUUCUGCCAGCAUAAGAGAGUGAUAGCAUCUCCGCCACACACACACACUUACACAAACAUACAGAAAAACACACGAGGCAUGAACACCUUGGCCACAUCCCUUAACAGCUAUAAAACGACCAGAAUGUCCCGGCAGGAUCUAAGUGCCUCGGCUGGCGGCCAUGUUGUUCUAUAGAAACCCCUUCGUCCACACUACGGACAAAGCCGGGCCACACUGGCUGUACUGUAUCAAACUGGACUUCAGUACCUCACAUAGUCAUCAGCACAACUCAACAACACAAUCAGGACUCUGUCUGUAGCACCUUCGGAUGGCCUAUACACAACUGUUGCUGCUUUUUCAGACUGUAAAACCGCCGGUUAUUUCCAAUGCUCUCCUUUAUACGGUCUUGUGAGAAGCCAUACAGUUCCUUCAUGAUGUUUCCAAGUGCUCUUCUUCAGAACCAGCUGUUACCACUGGUAAUGGACCGGUUCAUAUAUGAGGGAGGAAGAGGCGUGGCAGUUUGUUGGCUGGCUGUGUAUGUGUGUGUGUGUGUGUCUGCGUGUCUGUGUGUGUGUGUGUGUGUGUUUGUGUGUGUGAGUGUGAGAGAUUUUUUUUUUUUUUUUGGAGGGGGUGGGAGAAGAUGGAGGCAUCAAAUCCAAACUGAAUGUCAUUAGUUGAGUCAGAAUGAGUCUGAGAGAGCAUGUGGUUUUGUGUCUUUAUACAACGCUUGCCGGUUAUGCAUCAGGAACAACAGAUGAAUUGAUAACACAUCAUGAUCAAAGUGUCUCCGCGGUGAAAAGCUUUGACAAAGUGAAGCAGGAGGUGUCUUUUUUUUUUUUUCUUUUUUUUUUUUAAACUGUAUGCAAUGAAAACAAAUCACUUGUGUAUUAGUUUGCGCUCAUCUCACAAUGUGAUCUUUGUUAACAGAUUUGUCAAGUGUGACACAGCAAUUAAUGGGAAUUGGGAAUACCUAAAUGCACGAGGUGUAUAUGUUGUUUUUUAAAACAAGGUUUUUUUAAUUCUAACACAUUUUGAUCUUUCUUGAUCAGCAAAAUACACACCGGCCAUGUGAUUUAAUAAGGUCAAUAAGCACUUAGUGAUUUAAAUCAGACCUCAUUUUUUCUCAGGUGGACUAUGUGCAUGAUGUAACUGAAAGCUUCCUGGAUUGGUGUCAGUAGCCCAGAGUAUCAAAAACUGUCAGAUACUGAAAGUUGGCAUGGAAUGUCUACUCAGAGUCAUAGUCCUCGUCACUUAUUCUUUGAAGAGACAGUUCCUGAUUUAAAUCCCAAUUUGGUUCACAGCUGUUUCGCUGCGUGUGUUUAGACAACAUUUAUCAUUUAAGAACUUUGACUUUUUUGUUAAAUUAGGAGAAACCCUCAAAGUAGGGUAUUAAAAAAGUACUGUUUUACUAUCAGGACUGAAACUCAGGUAUUGUAUUGAUAAUAGUGUUAAAACAUUUCUAACGAUACCCAGUUCCCCCCUUACACCAAAAUACAUAGCACUUUCAGAGAAGAUCAUCAUCCUUUCAUAGCAUUUGAUGCACAUUUUUAUAAGAUUUUUCAGUUCAAUGAUAUCUGUUAUAUUGUGUCUCUUCAGCCUUACUAGGAAAAUAAUCUUUCCAUAGAUCAUCAUAUACUUUGCUUGAUGGAAACCUGUUUAGAGUUGUACAGUUAACAGCUUUUCAUUUCCUUCUUGGCCUUUCUGUAUGUGUCAUCUAUUUGUAAAUCCUCUGAUGUACCGGUGCAUCCAAACUGCUACUGCUGCUGCUCACACUUGAAUGUGCCAUUAGAUUUGAUUGGACAUAUCUGAAAAAUACAUCCAGGGAGCUGCAUACAUCAUGAACAUGGUCCAUUGUGAGAUUUUGUGUUUGAGUGCAAUGGUGACUUGCAAGGAUGUCUUUUUACUAUUUUCAAUGUUCCCAUCUGUUAUAAAUGGCUGCACAACAUUAAAUGGUAACCAGGAGGGGUGCACCGGUGAGAUUUACAAUACUGGGUUAUAUACUGUAAAUGAAAAUGCACCCAGCAUUGUAUUGGUGCUACGCUGUUGAGUCACUGGUAAUAAAGAGCCGGUGCAGACAACCUGCUCAACUUCCCGUUGCUCACAGAGCCUUCUACCACACAUGCUGUUUUGAAAGAAUUUCCGUUAUUUUUGUUUUUGUCUUGUUUUUCCUCUGGUUUUACUUCUCGUCUUGCUGAUUUCCCUCAUCCUUCCUGUACCCUGAACCUCCUUCAGAGAGUCUCAAAUUAAGGAUUGAAAUGGUUGAAAGAAAUGUUUGUGUUUUUCAGUUACAUGAUUCUAUUCAAACAAUUCAUUUCUAUUUGUCUAUGAAUGUAAUUCUGAAAGACAAUGAUCCAAUACACAUUUUUAACUGUCUUAAUACA